GUCUAAUUUAGUUGUUCAUAGUUACUUACUAGUUUUCAACAUCAAUGGCUAAUUUUUGUGACUAUUUGGUGCUACUAAUAGUUGGCCUAGCCUCAAUUCUCUUAUUACGAUUUCUCUUCACCAAGUCUUGCAUCAAACAAUGCCUUCCACCAAGCCCUAUUGCCUUACCAAUCAUCGGACACCUCUACCUCCUCAGAAACCUCCCUCAUCAAGCCUUCUACAACAUAUCAUCUCGCUAUGGCCCUUUGGUCUACCUCUUGUUCGGUUCCAAACCUUGUGUUCUUGUUUCCUCGCCUGAAAUGGCAAAACAAGUCCUCAAAACCCACGAAUUCUGUUUCUUAAAUCGGCCAAAGAGAACCAAUUUGGACUACAUCACAUACGGUUCUGCGGAUUUCGUCUUGGCGCCGUACGGACCUUAUUGGAGGUUCAUGAAAAAGCUCUGCAUGACUGAGCUCCUCGGAGGCCGAAUUCUUCAGCAGCACCUUCCUAUUAGAGCUGAAGAAUUCAAACUUUUCUUGAAGGGUUUGAGGGAAAAGGUUAAUGUGAAAGUGAAUAUAGGGGAUGAGCUAUCGAUGCUUGCCAAUAACAUAAUCACAAGGAUGGCUUUGAGAAGAAGGUGUUGGGAUGUUGAAGGGGAAGGGCACCAGCUGAUUGAAGUGGUUAGGGAGAUGACUGAGCUAGGGGGGAAGUUUAACUUGGGAGACAUGUUGUGGUUUGUGAAGAAGUUUGAUUUGCAAGGAUUUGGUAAAAGGCUCAAGAGUGUUAGAAGUAGGUAUGAUGCUAUCAUGGAGAAGAUCAUAAAAGAGCAUGAAGAUGCAAGGAGGAAGAGGAAGGAGGAUGAAGGAGUGAGGGAUUUACUUGAUAUUUUACUUGAUAUUUAUGCUGAUGAAAGUUCAGAUAUUAGAUUAACCAGAGAAAAUAUCAAGGCCUUCAUUAUGAACAUGAUUGGUGCUGGAACUGAGACAUCAGCUUGCACAAUAGAAUGGGCUAUGGCUGAGUUAGUCAACAAUCCAGAAGUGAUGGCAAGAGCAAGGCAAGAGAUUGAUUCACUGGUUGGUAAGGGAAGAUUGGUGGAGGAAUCAGAUAUUCCCAAUCUGCCUUAUGUUCAAUCUAUAAUAAAAGAAACAAUGAGGCUUCACCCCACUGGGCCCUUAAUAGUGAGACAAUCAACUGGAGAUUGCAAUAUUAAUGGGUAUGACAUUCCAGCAAGAACCACUGUGUUUGUGAAUGUUUGGGCUAUUGGUAGGGACCAAAACAUCUGGGAGAACCCACUUGAGUUCAGGCCAGAGAGGUUCCUUAAUGAAGAGGGACAGAGCCCUCUGGAUCUUAAGGGGCAAAAUUUUGAACUAUUGAGUUUUGGUGCUGGAAGAAGAAGCUGCCCUGGUGCUUCACUUGCUUUGCAGAUUAUUCCUACAACACUGGCUGGGAUGAUUCAUUGUUUUGAAUGGAAGGUUGGUGAAGAUGGCACUGGAACAGUUGACAUGGAUGAGGGGCCUGGAAUGGCCCUUCCAAGGGCACAUACCCUGCAUUGCAUCCCUGUGGUUAGGGUUCAUACUUCUGCUCUUGUCUGAAUUAUGGACCAAAAUUGCCGGUCAACAUUUAGUGUCAUCUUCUCUGUCCCAUUAAUUGAAUUGUGUCAAGUCAUUUAAAAUCGACUUAUAUAAUUGCCAUACUCAUAUCUCCGUGGUACAAUUUAAUUGGUGUGAUAGAGAGAUUUGGUGACGAGAAUCUUCAUAUGUGAAUUAUGUGCUACCAACAUAUGUAGGAAAAUAUACCCUCUUCUCUCUUUCUUGUGUGCCAAAUUACAUUACGUUCAUUGUGUGUUGAUGUGUUUGUAAUUUGUUUUAUAUGUUGGAAAUGUAUAUGAAAUGUUUGCUUUGCCAUUAA